UUGACAUUUCAUAUUUAAGCAAUUAUUUACAAACAAAGGCAACUAUACAAUAACAUUUGUUCAAAUUUUCUUUCGGCAUGUCUGCAUCUGUACAUAUGAUUUAUAUAUCCAAAGGAAACAAAUUGACGAUAUUAUGUAAACAUUUGAUUGUUUGGUGUCUUCAAAUAUUUUGAUCGAAGAUCAUGACAUCAUAAACGCAAGCAUUUCGAGUUUCCUGUGUCCCUCUCCCUUGUUAUUAUGUAUUCAUUCACCAUGGAACGAGCACGUCGCUUGCCAUUCGGUUGCGUUAACUUUAUAUUUUUCAUGCUAUUUAUAACAUGUUGCAACUCUUUAACACCACAGUGUAGGAAUGAAAAAGGAGAACCUGUUGAUUGGUUUUAUGUGUAUAAAUUACCACGAGAAAAAAAUCAUUUGAACCCACUUGUACGAAGAGGAGUUGCUUAUAUGCAUUUGACACCAUCAAAACUACGAGGAGGAUGGAUUAUGUCAGAUCUGUCUAUUAGUGACCCAAGAUCUAUGGUUGGAAGGACAUUAGCUCCAUUGUACCAGGAUAAAAAUAUUAUAUCACUCGUAUAUAAUGAUCAACCUCCAGCGACAGAACACCAACCUGAUUUGUUGCAGUCUGUUGCUGAAAUGUAUUCGAAAAAUAAAAAAGUACAAAUGAAACAGGCAGGAGUGAAAAAAUUUAAGAAGUUCAAGCUAGGUGAAAAAUAUUAUGACGAUUAUGAUUUAGCUGAAAUGUGUAAGAUGCAUUCGAAGUUUAUGAAAUCAAGAGUAGAGAAUGGCCAUACAAAAGGCGUCGUAUUGGGAGACAAAUUUACAGCUCUAUGGUUGGUGCAUUCUGUUCCGAGGUUUCCGCCUAUACCAGACAUGAACGGCUUGAACGUGAGUUCGUACAACUACCCAACUACUGGCAUGAAGUAUGGGCAGACGUUUCUCUGUGUGUCCGUACCGACGUCAACUCUCAACCAAAUUGGAACGCAAUUGAAAUACAACGAGCCUCUUAUAGUUUAUCAUCACAUACCUCAGGAAUUUGAUAGCGAAUUACCGAACUUGGUCGAUGUUAUACGAAAUAAAACCAUCGAUGCCGCUCCUUGGUAUCACAUUGAAAGUUUCGAGACGUUAGUUGGUCGGAAAUUCCUCUCGUUUGCAAAGAGCGCGAUGUUUAACGACGACUUAUACAGCGGUCUCGUGGCUGAAGUGUUGCAGUCAGACUUGCUUGUCGAAUCCUGGACUAACGGACCUGGGACUUUGGACUCGGAGUGUACGAGAAAUUUUCAAGUCCGCAACAUAGAACGGCUGAAGUUCCCGAUCGCCAAGAUGUCGUUCACGUCGCACAACGACCACUCCAAGUGGACGGUGGCGGUCGCGCACAAGAUGCACAACACGCAGGACACCAAGGUCGCCGACUACUGGGUCUGCGUCGGAGAUAUCAACAGAGCCUUACCCCAAGAAUCUCGUGGCGGUGGUACGGUGUGUACUUCGGGGCCAAUACUGUGGGGGAACUUCGCACAUCUCAUCGAAUCCGUUCAGACUUGCAAUUAGAUAUUUAAACGUAUUUUUUUAAAUCAAACAACAUUCCUGUGGAUCUGUGAUGUUUAGGUUAAGUCAUCAUGUCUAUAUAUCGUAAGAAUG